CGUGCUGCUUUCGCGGCAAAAAGGAUUUGGCGCGCAAACGUGUGCGAGGCCGGGACCAGCUGGGAACAAUAACAGUGCCUGAGUUGAGAGCGCGCGGAUCCGAGGGGGUCGGCUGAACUCGCUGGUGGAAAGACGCGCGGGAAAAAGCUGCAGCCGGAUUUGGGGGGGUUGGGAAUCUCGGAGAGACCCGAGCGGAGCGAGGCUGGGCAGCUAGGAAGUCGGCACUGGCCCGGAGAGCGUGGGUGGAAGAGUGCCCUGCAAUGUGCUGCUGUCUGUAACCCCCACCCUUCCCUUCCCUUCCCUUCCGAGCGGCGCCCAGAGAGGACUCGCCGAUGUCCUGCACAGCCGCCCUGCUGCCCUCCCGCCUCGUUCUCGCCUCUCAACUUACGGCCCUGGCUGGCUGCGACUCCGCUGGACACCAUUUCCCGGGCCUCUGCUCUUAAAGAGGAUGGGGCGUGUUCCAUCCUACCAGCCUCUGCCAUCCGGUGUCUCCCUCCACCGCAGCGGCCGGGACGAUGGCAUUAGUCCGCUGAUGCGACUUUGAUUCCUGGGUGGGGGGCUCAGGACGGGGGACAGAGUUUUGAUUUCCUGCGGUGUGUGGAGGGGCAAACCCAGGCUCCCCCCACCCCCACCCUGCUUUCCUCCAAGUUCUCGGGCAUGUGAGUCCCAGCGCUUUGUGCCAUGUCUCUAGAGGGGCUGGAAGUAACUCAGAAUGUGGCAGACCUGGAAGCCUUGCUGAGAGGAGCAGAGGCCAUCCAUGUGAUGGAACAGCAGAUCGUGAUCAUUUCCACUCCAGACCAGCUCCCCGCGCCCGAAGGAGAAAACGACACCGAGCUGCUGCUCUUUGCCACUCCACAGUCCGCCCGAUUGGAGACCGUAACGCAGAGGCCUGCUCUAGAACGGCCACCGGUAAAACGGAAACUGAACUUGGAGACUGACCAUCAGUACAUUGCAGAGAAUGUGCAGGUGGCCCGAGGAAAAGCAAAAAACCCUAUAAAAGGGUUAAAGUCUCCUGGAGAGAAAUCCCGCUAUGAAACAUCUCUCAACCUGACCACCAAGCGCUUCUUAGAGCUAUUGAGUCAAUCUCCUGAUGGUGUUGUGGAUCUCAACUGGGCUGCUGAAGUACUGAAAGUGCAGAAGAGGCGUAUCUAUGACAUCACAAAUGUCCUGGAGGGCAUCCAGCUCAUCACCAAGAAAUCCAAGAACCACAUUCAGUGGCUGGGGAGCCGGUCUCCUGUGGGGGGCACCAGCAAGAGCCAAGAGUUAAUGAAGGAACUCCAGAAUCUUCAGGCAGCAGAACAGCACCUGGACAGCCUCAUCCAGAUGUGUACUACUCAAUUCAAGAUCCUCACUGAGGAGCCUGAAAACAAGCAUUCAGCUUAUGUGACUUGCCAAGAUCUACGCAGCAUUGCAGACCCCUCAGAGCAGCUGGUAAUGGUGAUCAAAGCCCCCCCAGAGACACAGAUGCAAGUCUCUGACCCAGCAGAGGCUUUCCAGAUUGCUGUGAAAAGUACUCAGGGCCCUGUUGAUGUGUUCCUAUGCCCAGAAGAGAGCUCUGGUGUCUGCAGUCCUACCAAGAGUCCAUUAAAAGUGGCUACUGAGGAACCUUCUCCAGAACAUUCACAAACAGCAGCCUCUGUGCUUCUACACUCUUCCCAGGAUACAAAUUUGCCAUUGCUGAGUGGAGACCAAGAACCUUUGUUAUCUGGAGAGACUGCACUGCCUUUGAAGUGUCCGGGGGAUGAUGUAAACCUCUCACCACUGGCUUCUGUGGAUGCCUUGCUUCUGCAGGGCAAGGAUGACUUCUCAAGUUUUCUGCCCUCUGAAUUCAUUGCACUUUCACCACCCCAGACUCAGGACUACCAUUUUGGGCUCGAGGAGGGUGAAGGCAUCAGUGAGCUCUUUGACUGUGACUUUGGAGACUUCACUUCCUUGGAUUUCUGAGUAUCCUUGGGUUGGGGGAGAGGGGAGCACCCCAACUCUACCCCACCAUGGGGAAUUUUUUUUGGAGCUGACAUCUGAAUAUAAUUCCAAGGCUAGCUGUGGCCUUCAGGGCCAACGUGCUGGAAAUCAGAUGCCAGGGAAGGAAAAUGGCGGCUGCGGUGGGGCAUCAGUGACAGUGAGAGCACUCAGCUCCUGGAAAGGCUGCUUCUUGCUGGCCAUCUCCCUGUAAUUAAGGGAGAUGGCUGUGAAGCUAAUUGCUGCUGUGAAUGUUGCAAGCUUGUUUUUGUGACCUGAUUGAGAGUCAGCAGGCAUCACCUCAAGCCUGCUGUGCCCAGGCCCAGAGUAGUAGUAAUACUUAGGAAUGGGUGAGUAGUGUCACCUUGAUUCUCUGGUGCCAUGUUUGGAAUCUGUAGGGAUAGCUCUAGUGAUGCUGUUACAGCAGCCUUGUUAUUCUUGUUGAACCACUCCUUUUCCUGAAGUUCACUUUAGAUCAUACUUAGCUGUGGGCAGGCCCCUUUUUUAUCAGGUGCUUAUUUUUCUAUGUUUUGAGCAAUUUCUCAUCUUGCCUUAGAAAAACAUGGUGGUCAGAAGCUAUCCUUAGAACAGGGGCCUUUCCAUUCCUUUCUCAGCAAACUGUUUGGGUUGUGCAGCAGAAGCACUGUGCACGUUAUUGUGAGGGACACCUUUCUGCCAGACAGCUGUGGGAGAAGGUGACCAGAAUGGUACUUCUCAGAGCAAUCAGUGAUCCCCUAUCCUCCUACAAUCCAUCUCUUUCUGAUUGGUUGGCAUUUUUAACUUGUGAUCCAGGGCUGGGAAAAUCUUUUUGCUGGCAAAUUGUAAACCAGAGAUUUGUAACCCAGUAGUCAAAGUAUGGCCAUGUGGAGGAAAGAAAGCCAGCUGGAUGGAUAGGAUGGGUUAUAUAUAUAGCCUUUUGUUAAACAGGCUGCUCAAACUAGUGAAACAUAAUGGGUGACUGGAUGUGUUAGAAAAGUGGGUGGGCUUUUUUCUUUUUUCCUUUUUUAAAAAAGUUCUGGUUGAAAAGGAGAAACUGGCUUUCAAAUAUGAGGCACCAAGGAUGGUGGGGUGAAUUGUUUCUGGAUGCUAAUGCAGGCAUAAUUUUUUUUCUUUUCCCCUGUGGGCCUCACUAUAAAGCUUUAAGGAGGGUCCUGUACAGAUUAUUUAUUUAUUUUGGGUGCUCCUCACCUACCACCAUGGAUAUUGUUUUGUGGAAAGCCCAUUCCUGAUAGAAUGUAUAUAUAUAUCUGGGGAUGGGAUGGGUUUUUUUUUUUAUGAUGAUUAUUUUUUUUAAUAGUGAGAGGUGGUUAGCCUGCUCAGGUGUCUUUAGUUCUAGAGCAGACAGCCAACAAGGCAGAGGGGACACUGCUUGUGGUAGGAAAUGAAGUUGCUGGAACGUUUUGCUUCAGCAGGAGGAAGGGAGGGUUGCUCGCUAUUCUCCAUGACAGUAAGGGAGGCUAACCCUACACAGUAUUGAGAGACAGCAAGCAACUAAUACCUUUGUUUGACCCUUUCCUGUAAAGUGAAGGGAAAAACACUAACUCUGUCUCCUCAUUAUCCCCAACCCCCAUGCUAAGCAUAGUGUGUGUCCAGAAAUCAUGAAUUCAUAUUAUUUAUUUAUUAUUUAUGUGGCUCCAUCCAGUGUUCCUGGAAGAUAAAGGAUAGUAUCCGAGGAAUAUGGGUGCAUGAAGUAGAACUCAACAUGUCCAGGUGUGUGGAAAGAGGCCCUUAUGGUAUCUUGUUAGAAUUGCUGACCUAGCAAGUGGCAGCAGAGAACAUGAUAGUCACUACAAGUAGGUUGUAGUCAGAGAGCCUUGAAUAGCGAGGAGAUUGAAUGUCUCAUCAAUAUGUUGAGAGAGUACGACUGGUCAGGACUAGUGAACUGAAAUGCUAUUUAUUCAUAGAGGAUGGACAGCAGGUUCAUCUUGUAGAGCAGUGUUUCUCAAACUCAACAACUUUAAGA